GUGUCGUCCUCAGAGCUGCACGAGAAGGACUACGGCGGACAGAAAGCCAUAUACUGGGAAGUGAAAUAUCCAUUACCUCUGUCCAACAGAGAUUAUGUGUAUGUGCGGGAGCGCCGGGAUCUGGACGUGGGAGGACGGAAGAUCUGUGUGGUUUUAGCCAAGAGCUCGGCUGUGUCUCAGUGUCCAGAGAAGAAGGGUGUGAUCCGGGUCAAAGACUACAAACAGAGUCUGGCCAUGGAGAGCGACGGCUCUGGCGGCACCAAAGUGUUUAUGAACUACUUUGACAAUCCUGGAGGAAUGAUCCCAGCGUGGCUGGUGAACUGGACCGCGAAGACGGGCGUCCCUGCCUUUCUCACCGACAUGAAGAAGGCCUGCAGUAACUACAGCAGCUACUGCAACAACAGCAAGUGACGCACGAGUGACGUCCUCUGCUUCUGUUUCCUGUCAGGAGGGCAUUCUGGGUAGAGUUACUGCUGUUUCUGUGGUGAUCGGAGAAAACGUUCCUGGAGUCCUUCAUUAAUGUUCUUUUGUCUUAACUACUGUAUACAAUUAUCUGUUAAAGAAUUGAAUGAAUCCAGCUUCCUGUUGAACUUCAGCAGGAAAUUAGAGCUAAUUUGAGUUUGGAAAAUCUGUUUAAUGUAAUAUGGAUUGAUCCCAGCACUUUAAUUGAUUGUUAUUUGUGAAUGUAUGAAAAGAUUAAUUGUUAUAUAGCGAAUGCACAAACUCAAUCAACAAGCCUUCCUGAAGUCCCAUCAAUUCUGCAUUUAUUUGAUCAAAAUGAAAGAAAUAAAAUGUUAAAAUUCUGAA